CACGUAUAUGUGCCUCUGCGGGCGCCGCGCGGGCGGGACGGCCGGACGGCGGCGCGGGCGGUGUCGGAGCGACGCUGCCGCGGGCGCGGAGCGGAGCGCCGCCGCCACCACCACCACCCCCCCCCCCCCCCCCCCCGGAGCGGGGCCCGUCGGGAGCGGAGCUGCGGGGCGGAUCGCAUCGCAUCGCGCAGUAAUUGGAUUUUAAAAGUUCCUUAAGCCCCCGAGUAAAGCACACGGAUCAGCCGGCGCGGUCCCAAUCCGUUUAGCCGUAACGCAGAUCCCGGCGCCGAGCGGAGCCGGCGCGUCGCCGCCACCGCCACCGCCGCCGCGGGACCCCGCGCGGAGCUGCCGAGCGACUCCGGCAGGUUGGUGCCUCGCGGGUUUCGCCUCCGGAAAGUCCCCGCGGGGGCGGCCGGGCGGCGGAGCGCCGCGGCGGCGGCGGGCCCCGGCGGCGCCGCCCAUGCCCCGCGGGCUCUGAGCCCCCCGGCGCGGCGGCGAUGCGCGGCGGCGGCGCGGCGGCGGGCGGCGGCGGCCGCUGGCUGGGCCUGGCGGCGCUGCUGGGCGCGCUGCUGGGGCCCCCCGCGGGCGCGGCGGCGCAGCAGUACCACGGCGAGAAGGGCAUCUCGGUGCCGGACCACGGCUUCUGCCAGCCCAUCUCCAUCCCGCUGUGCACGGAUAUCGCCUACAACCAGACCAUCCUGCCCAACCUGCUGGGCCACACCAACCAGGAGGACGCGGGGCUGGAGGUGCACCAGUUCUACCCGCUGGUGAAGGUGCAGUGCUCGGCCGAGCUCAAGUUCUUCCUGUGCUCCAUGUACGCGCCGGUGUGCACGGUGCUGGAGCAGGCCAUCCCGCCGUGCCGCUCCCUGUGCGAGCGGGCCCGCCAGGGCUGCGAGGCCCUCAUGAACAAGUUCGGCUUCCAGUGGCCCGAGCGGCUGCGCUGCGAGAACUUUCCUGUCCACGGCGCGGGCGAGAUCUGCGUGGGGCAGAACACGUCGGACGCGCCGCCGGGGCCUGCUGGCGGGGCGGGCAGGGGUGCCACGGCCCACCCCACGGCAGGCUACCUCCCGGACUUCCUCACCCCACCGCAGCCCCCCGGCGGCUUCUCCUUCUCCUGCCCCCGGCAGCUCAAGGUGCCCCCCUACUUGGGCUACCGCUUCCUGGGGGAACGGGACUGCGGGGCCCCCUGCGAGCCAGCCCGGCCCAACGGGCUGAUGUACUUCAAGGAGGCGGAGGUGCGGUUUGCCCGGCUGUGGGUCGGCGUGUGGUCUGUGCUCUGCUGCGCCUCCACCCUCUUCACCGUGCUCACCUACUUGGUGGACAUGCGUCGCUUCAGCUACCCGGAGCGGCCCAUCAUCUUCCUCUCGGGCUGCUACUUCAUGGUGGCGGUGGCCUAUGCAGCGGGCUUCUUGCUGGAGGAGCGGGUGGUGUGCCUAGAACGCUUCUCUGAGGACGGCUACCGCACUGUGGCCCAGGGCACGAAGAAAGAAGGUUGCACCAUCCUCUUCAUGAUCCUCUACUUCUUUGGCAUGGCCAGCUCCAUCUGGUGGGUCAUCCUGUCCCUCACUUGGUUCCUGGCUGCUGGUAUGAAGUGGGGCCAUGAAGCCAUCGAGGCCAACUCCCAGUACUUUCACCUGGCUGCUUGGGCUGUGCCUGCUGUCAAAACCAUCACUAUCUUGGCCAUGGGGCAGGUGGACGGGGAUGUGCUCAGCGGGGUGUGUUAUGUAGGCAUCUACAGCGUGGACUCCCUGCGAGGCUUUGUGCUGGCACCCUUGUUUGUGUACCUGUUCAUUGGCACUUCGUUCUUGCUUGCUGGCUUUGUGUCCUUGUUCCGCAUCCGAACCAUCAUGAAGCACGAUGGCACCAAGACAGAGAAACUGGAGAAGCUGAUGGUGCGCAUUGGUGUCUUCAGCGUCCUCUACACAGUGCCCGCCACCAUUGUCCUGGCAUGUUACUUCUACGAGCAGGCCUUCCGUGGCACCUGGGAGAAGACGUGGCUCCUCCAGACCUGCAAAUCCUAUGCUGUGCCCUGUCCCAGCCACUUUGCCCCUAUGAGCCCUGACUUCACUGUCUUCAUGAUCAAGUACCUCAUGACCAUGAUUGUUGGUAUCACAACUGGCUUCUGGAUCUGGUCUGGCAAAACCCUUCAGUCCUGGCGACGCUUCUACCACAGACUCAGCACCGGCAGCAAGGGAGAGACAGCAGUAUGAGACCCUCCUGUCCCCUCUGGUGUGCACACACACACACACACACACACACACACACACACACACGGGAUACCCAGCAGAAGGGAGGUGAUGGCUCCCCAAAGGAGGAGGAAGGGGAGGCUUUCCAAAACUUUUGCUUCUUCCCGGGGGGGAAAAAGAAUCUUUGCAUGAAGGACCAGAUGCCCCGUGUCCAAGGGUGCUUAUGCCCAGCUAAUUGGAAGAGCACAGAAAAGGGUCCUCAGGCCACUGGUGGGGUGGGAGAGUAGAAGUUCCCAUACCUCUUCCCUGGGCGGAGGGGGGGAAAAACUCAGCUAAAAACGUCCUGCCUUGCUUUGGAUGAGAUGGGAGAGAGGGAAAGCCACAUCCAUUGAGCUGCCCCUGCCAAGAAGUAGCCAAACUAUCUCUGAAUUCCUGGGGUCAAAUUGCAGCUCACGCAGGGCAACUUCUGAGCCCCAGGUUACCGGCUGCUCAUUGAACCACAGUGGAGCAAUCACGUGAGUACUGUACAACAAGCUGCCAGUCCAGAUCGUGUGCUGUUGAGAUGCCUCUAUUCUGUCAGCUUAGAAGUUGCUUUUUUUUUCCUCCUCAGUGAUACCUGUUUUAAUUACUUUAAAGUGAAAAUUCUGCCUUGAGUGUGGUGUUCUUGCUGCUGUGGGGAAGGAGGCGGUUGCUAUUCCACCCCCUGAAAAGAGAUGACUUGUUGCUUUUCAGCAGAAGGCUUUUCCCCCUUGCCUUUGUUAUAGGAGACAAAGCGGGAAACAAAAGUGUUUUCUAUGUAGAAAGGCAUAAGCAUGGGAUCGGUUUUUAUGGGCAAACUAACAAAAAGAAGUCGUUGAGGUUCACCCCUGGAUGUGAGGAGCUCGCAGAAAUAAACAUUCCUUUUAUGAAAGAGGAGGAGGCAGGAUGUUUUCUCCGUACUGUUCAGUAUGGGUUGCUUUCCUGAGCUGAAGGAAAUGCGAGGCUUAAAGAGAGGGAAAGCAGAGCAUAACUGAGAACACUUGCCAAAACAAGAUCCAUUAAAAUAUGUAGGAUAAAGAUGCUGCUUUUUUCUCCCCCCGCCUCGUUCCAGUAAACCUGCUUUCUCCCCCGCUUUGCAGCGAGGCUGCUGCAGAUAAAGGCACUGUGCAGCCAGGUGCUGGGGACAGGGCGAAUACUUUCUGCUCACGAUGGACCAGUUUGCCAGCUCCUCCGAAUCCCCGCACCGCGUUACAAUGACUCGUGGUGCAGGAGGGGCUGGGGACAGUUGGGUUUGGGUUUUAAAAGAAAGCAGCUACUAUGACAAACCUUCUUCAAUUUUUAGCUAAAAGUACAGCUGUUUGUUUCCACCGAUCACCUCUUGGAAGGAAAGACAUUCAAAAAUUAAUCAUCAGAUGCAGCUUUUUUUGGAAAUGUGACAAAUUUUUCUAUUCUUAAAUUUUUAUGUUGACUCUUUAAUAUUUUAUUUUUAAAUACUACUCUACCUUUAUAUUCACUGAAGGGUUUGUUUUUAUAAAUAUAUAUAUGUGUGUGUGUUUAUAUAUUCUUGCCUACGGACAAAAUAGGAAAUUGUGGAUUUUUAGCAAGUCUCCACCCUAUAGCUGCUCUUCAUUUUGGGGGGGUGAAAGUGUCUGGAAUUAAACUUAAAAGGAAAAAAAAAUGUUCAGGGUGAGGGGGCAGACUGCUGCUGUCUGAAGACAUACCAGUAGUCUGGGCAUGAGGAACAGCCCAUCAGCCAAAUCCUCCAGCAUAUCUGAUCUCAGCCUUGUAGGGCUUGGGUUUUUGUCUUUUAUAAUGUGCACGUGGGGGGGAAAAAAACUGUAAGACAAGUGCAGUAUGUAUAUUUUGUAAAUCUCAUUUUUUGUAAGAAAAUAUGUAUUUAUGUUUUUACUUGAUUUUUUUGGAAGGUCUGUAUGAGGCCCUGCUUCAUCCCAUGUACAGAUCACUAAAUAAAUAAUUUUUAAUACAA